AUGAAUAGGCGUGAUCUUAUUGGUACAUGGGACCUGAGAAUCAUGUUGGGGAAUAAAGGACCAGGUUUUGAUGUUUGUUGGAUCACAUUACCAUUCUCAGGUUUAGCAGAUGUACAAUUAUCUGCUGAAUAUAUUGCAACUGCGAUUCCAUAUUUAGCUAAACUUUCACCUGCUACGAAUCAUAAGAUUAAUGUCAUUGGUCAUAGUCAAGGUGGUGGUUCAAAUACCCAAUGGGCACUUACUUUUUGGCCUUCAAUUCGACCAUACAUAAUUAAUUAUAUAGCACUUUCAGCUACAUUUAAAGGUUCGAAUGAAGUUAAACUUCUUUGUAAAGUACAAGAUGGAGUAGGGGGUUGUCCGCCUGCUCUCUUACAACUUGAAUCAACAUCAAAUUAUGUUGCUGCACAAAAUUCUGAUGUAGAUGAAUUUAGUGGUGCUCAUAGUCAUGUACCUACUACUUCAAUUUAUUCUCGGUAUGAUGAAGCAGUUCAAUGGGAAGGAUUCGGUGGAGUUAUUAAUUCUUUUCUUAAUGGUUCUACAAUGAUUGCUUUACAAGAUGAAAGAGUCUGUGGAAAGUUUCAUAUCACUACACAUAUUGAAAUGCUUCAAGAUUCAGCUGCUUAUAGUUUAGUACUAGAUGCUCUCAUAAAUGGUCGUCCAACUAAUAUAACAAAUUUCGAUAAAAAGGAUUGUCAUCAUGGACGAGGAGAUUGA